CCUGCCCCGCGUCACGUGCCCGCCCGCCAUCUUGAACAUGUGACCCUUGCGGCUGGGAGGAGCGGCGCUGCUUCUCUGGGCGGGGUUUGCCUUCUUCCCGGAAGGGGCUGGGGGUGUGCGGGGCGGUGGAGGACAUGGCGGCGGCGACGGCGCGGGAAGGUGGCAGCCGCCAGCGUGGCUGCGAGCACUAUGACAGAGGCUGUCUCUUGAAGGCGCCUUGCUGUGACAAGCUGUAUACGUGCCGGCUCUGUCAUGACAGCAACGAAGAUCAUCAGCUGGACCGAUUUAAAGUAACGGAGGUACAGUGUAUAAACUGCGAGAAGAUUCAACAUGCCCAGCAGACUUGUGAAGGGUGCAGUACCCUGUUUGGUGAAUAUUACUGCAGUAUAUGCCAUUUGUUUGACAAAGACAAGAAGCAAUAUCAUUGUGAAAACUGUGGAAUUUGUAGGAUUGGCCCAAAGGAAGAUUUUUUUCACUGUUUGAAAUGUAAUUUAUGUCUAGCCAUGAAUCUUCAAGGAAAACACAAGUGCAUUGAGAAUGUUUCCCGGCAGAAUUGUCCAAUCUGUUUGGAGGACAUUCACACAUCCCGUGUGAUGGCUCAUGUCUUGCCCUGUGGACAUCUAUUACACAGAACAUGUUAUGAAGAAAUGUUAAAAGAUGGGUACCGCUGUCCGUUGUGUAUGCGCUCUGCCCUGGAUAUGACCAGGUACUGGAGGCAGCUGGAUGACGAAGUGGCACAGACGCCGAUGCCCUUGGAGUAUCAGAACAUGACUGUGGAUAUUCUCUGCAAUGACUGUAAUGGACGAUCCACAGUCCAGUUCCAUAUUCUAGGCAUGAAAUGCAAGAUUUGUGAAUCCUACAAUACUGCUCAAGCUGGAGGACGUAGAAUUUUAGGGAUCACCAGUGACUGACUUAGGCCUCACCAGAAACGUCGGCAUCUUCCGUCACUGAAACGCAUUCCUUAGUAUUCUGUUGUCGUAUUGUGUCAUACUCUUGGCUCUGUUCCAGUUGAUGUGUUUUGUACUAGAGUCACAACAUACCAUCAAUCAUAUUAUACAUACUUAAGAAUUCUACGUGUCUAUAGAAUGAAUUGUAGCUAUAUCUGGGAUAAAAGCCAGUGUUCUUGUAGCUUGAUUGGAAGUUCUUUUAAUGUCAGUCAUUUGAAAAUCAAUGAUGUUUGCCACUGAUACAUUCUUACAGAAAUACGUUCAAUUUGGUGGAACUUUAAGUGACACUCUGCACAUAAACUUCAUUUCUGGUUCUUGAUAAAGAUGCACUUAAUUCCCAGUAGUAUUCUUGACUUUCAGGGCCGUACAGUGAGAACAAAUUCUACUUUAUUAAAAUCUAAUUACAUGGAUUAAAAAAUUUUUAAGACAGUCAUUUAGUGUCUGUCUAUACAUGAAUUCUGGUGUAAUAAAUGCUAAUAAAAUUAUAUUAAAACAUUUA